GAUUACAAAAUGAAAAUCUAAUGAUAAUUUAAUAAAAUAAGUUAUGUCAUAAUGGGAACAACCAUCCCUCUCUCUAAAUAUGAGAGAGGCACUCACACAUGGAGAGACACACAGCUAAUCCAGCUUUUUCAUUUCUUGCCUUCUUCCCUCACAGCCUGGCAAGCCUGAGUCAUUAUUGCUCCAUCAUUCCGCAGUUUUUUUAAUUUGUGUUUGAGCUUUCUGGUUAUUGCCUUGUUUAUUGUUCUCUAAUCCAGAAGGGGCUGAGGGAGAAGUUGAAUGUUCUUGAGCUGCCAAGGGAGAUUAGUUUUCUACUGCAUAUGAUCUUUCUCCGAACUCAUCAGCUAGAGAGAACUUCUUGGAAUUUUCCAUCCUUUGUGUCAGAAAACCAUGAAAGAGUUGGUUUCUACUCUUAACAGUCCUACUCAAUUGUGGCUAAAAAUGCUGGAAUGAGGAAGGAAAAUGUUCGAUGAGCUUCUUCACAGAAAGCUGCACCUCUAUUGCUUCGUUUUUCAGGGAAUUAUAUCAGAAGAUUCGAGAAAAUUUCGCAUGGGGACCAAGAUUGAGCAUUCCAUAAAUCCUCUAGCAGUAGCUGUAGAGAGCAACAACUUUAGCAUCAGUGGUGUGGAUGUCUGGGAGUACUAUCAGAAGAAAAGGCUGACAGGAAUCAACAAUAAGUCGAAAGAUCCCAUUUCCAUGGAUAGGAUACUUGACAGAAACAGCAUGGAAUCCAUCAAAAAGACAAUGCAGAUGCAAGAGGAUAUCUUCAAACACCAGGUAAGAGAACUGCACAGAGUAUAUAGUGUUCAAAAGAUGUUGAUGGAAGAACUGAAAAAGGAAAGCAGACAAAAGAAUAUCUGGACUGCUAUGAGUGGCUUAGAAAUUAGCCUUCCUUCUAAUCGUCUCAGUGAUCAGCAGCAACACCAGAGAAGAACACAAAAUUCAUAUGGACCAGAUUUCCAGGUUCAGAGUUUGAGAGAAGAUUAUUAUUCAAGAGAAAGGAGUGGGAGCUGCUCUGGUGGGGACAAAAUGCCUCAAAGGGGAUUUGAUCUUGCAAGGCCUGCUGAAGAAAAUGAGGGAGAGGCAGGGCCUAGUUCAUAUACUGCAUUUCAGAGCUGUAAAAUUAGGAAUGAUGGUGAUGACGACGACAUGGAAGUUGAUUUGACAUUAAGUAUAGGAGGUAGUGGUUGCAGCCAGGGCAAGAAGAAGAAGGAAAAAAACCAUCUGCUUUAUUCAUCUGCAUCUUUCAAAUCAGAAAGAGGAGAAGAAUGCAGUGACCCUAACACCCCAAUGAGCAGCUCAAGUGUGACAUUUGAUCAAGAAAGAAGAGGGGGAAUACAUUGGUUUUCUCAAGAUUUAAGGUUUAAAUAGGAGUUUAAUUCAACUAGCUUGUUUAAAAAAACCAUUUCAACUCUUCUUCAUGGGCCAAUGAAUUUAUACGGUUCAUACAUUCAGAUAUUCCUCUAUAUUAGUUUCUUUUUCCUUUUUCCAAUAAAUGAAUUGGAUGAUUUACAAACCCACAUUUUAAGUGUGCUUUUUGUAAAUAGGUUACCUGCACUUCGCACAAUUUCUUAGUUUACAUGCAUGUCCAACAUGUUCUUUCCCAGUUUAA